AUGGCAAGCGAUAGUGCGUUCGACAUCGGACAGCUCUCUUCGGAACGACAGCAGGCCUUGCAGCAAUAUACAGAUGUAACUGGACAGGAGAUCACGGAUGCUAUCCCGUUGCUUGAACGGUCACAGUGGAAUGUUCAGAUAGCUAUAGCCAAGUUCUUUGACGGUGAAGGGCCCGACCUGGUUGCCGAAGCUCAAGCAGCACAGAGCGAAGUGCCCAGGGUUGCGGGUAGGCAUGAGACAUUACAGGAAACCGUCUGGUCGGACAUUGCGCAGCAGGCCGGACUACACCGCGCGAAUCGAACUCCACCGGCCCCCCGUGUGGUGCCCCCAAGACCCGUCACAUACCAAGCCCCGUCGCUGAUUUCCCUCCUCUUGUCGCCUUUCCGGAUGGUCUUUCGGGUCUUUGCCAGUCUCUUCCGCCCUAUACUCUACAUACUGUCCUUCAUUCCGCAGUCUCUGCGGUCGAAUGCUCUAGCAACGUCACUCCGGAAGUCUCGGCGAAGCUUGCUUCCUAAAGAAACCGCCGGGCGAUUCAGACGGGAAUUUGAGGAGCUGUAUGGCACGCAUGAUCUGACCUUCUUUGACGGCGGCCAUGCUCAAGCUUUGGACACUGCAAAGAAAGAUCUCAAGUUCUUGUUAACGAUACUGAUUUCACCAGAACACGACGACACCGACUCGUUCAUUAAAGAUACGCUCCUCGAUGCCCAGGUGGUAACAUUCAUCAACGACCCCGCCAACAACAUCAUAGUAUGGGGAGGAAAUGUUCUGGAUUCCGAAGCUUAUCAAGUAUCCAUGGAGUACAUGUGUACCAAGUUUCCGUUUUCAUGCUUGGUGUGCCUAACGCCGAAAGAGGGAAGCACGCGGAUGGGAAUUGUGAAGCGUAUCGCAGGGCCUGUCUCCCCAUCUGUCUUCAUUGCCGGUAUUCGGGGGGCAAUUGAGAAGUACGCACCUGAUCUUGACAGUGUUCGCGCUGAGCGCGCGGCGCAGGAUAUGGCCCGUAACUUGCGAUCUGAGCAGGAUUCGGCUUAUGAACGGUCGCUUGCCAUCGACAGAGAACGAGCACGGCAAAAGCGGGAGGCAGCUGCCGCUGCUGCCGAGGCAGAGAGGCGCGCACGAGAAGAGGCUGAGGCAGCAGAGCGAAAGGAAAAGCUGCGCCAGCAAUGGAAAAGGUGGCGUGCUACUACUAUUGCGCCCGAGCCUGAUGUCUCGGUGAAGGAUGCGGUCCGUCUGGCGCUUAAUAUGUCACAGUCGUCCGGAAGGGGGAGAGUCACGCGGAAGUUUGCCCCUGACGCGUCAUUGGAGGAUGUCUAUGCAUUUAUUGAAUGCUAUGACUUGCUCUACCUCGAGAAUGAUGAGGAAAAGGGAGAUAUGGAAGAAAGCAAGGAGAAGCCUGAAGGCUACGAACACAAGUACGGGUUUAGGAUCGCGUCGGUGAUGCCAAGGGAGGUUUUUGAACCCACUGUGUCGGUUACUAUUGCUCAAAAAAUGGGCAGGGGAGGCAACUUGAUCGUGGAGGAUCUUGUUGAUGAGGAAGAGGAGGAGUGA